UAACUUUUGUCCAGAUUCACAAGGGAUGCAAGAUCUCCCAACAGAAGGCUACUAUAUAUGAAGAUGAAUGAGUCAUAAUUCAGUCUCUGUGUUUUAAUUACAACUUGAGCCAUUGUAUUGGAGGAUUUAAUGAGAGAAGGAACACUCAAGCAAUGGAACAUAGUAACCACACCAGAGUGACCGAGUUCAUCAUGCAGGGGCUCUUUGACCAUCCUCACCACCAGGGGCUGUUCUUUGGGCUAUUCCUGUGCCUUUAUACAGCUGUCGUCAUGGGCAAUUCCCUCAUCAUUGUGGCUAUUGUCAUCCACCCACCUCUCCACACUCCCAUGUACUUCUUCAUCGCCAAUUUAGCCCUAGUUGACAUUUUGUGCACUUCCUCGGUUGUACCUAAAAUGCUGGAAAACCUGAUGCAAGAGAAGAAAACCAUCUCCUUUGGAGGCUGCAUCUCCCAGCUCUUUGUCUUUACAUCAUCGCUGGCGACGGAGCUUCUGCUGCUCACUGUCAUGUCAUAUGACCGGUAUGUAGCCAUUUGCCACCCCUUGCAUUAUGUAAAACUCAUGAGUAAGGAAAUUUGUAUCCAUUUAGCUGUCAGUGUCUGGGCUGUUUGUACCAUCACUUCAUUUGUCAAUAUACUGCUUGUGCUGCGCCUGGAUUUUUGCGGCCCAAACCUCAUCCAGCAUUUCUUCUGUGAGUUCCCAACAAUACUGGCGCUGUCCUGCAGCUCCACCUACGUCAACGAAAUCAUGAUGUUCAUGGCUGACAUCUUCCUGGCCAUGGGGAACUUUCUGCUGACCACCAUGUCCUAUAGCUUCAUCAUCAUCACCAUCCUGAAAAUCCAGAGCUCCAAAGGGAAGCAGAGAGCCUUCUCCACCUGCUCCUCCCACCUGCUUGUGGUCACCUUGUACUACUCCACCACCAUCUACACAUACAUCCAGCCGACCUCCAGGAACUCGCAGGACAAUGACAAGAUGGUGGCCAUUAUGUACACUCUAGUCACUCCCAUCCUAAACCCUGUGAUCUACAGUCUGCGCAAUAAUGAGGUCAAAGUGGCAAUCAGGAAAAUCCUUCAAUUCACUACAAAAUAA